ACUGGAGCAGUCGCUAUACCGAGGCGGAUUCGCUUUAGCUCUUUUCAAAGGUGAGCUCUAGCGAUGGUGUACCUGUAAGCGCUUCGUAUAAAACGAGCUAUACAUCAAGGACACGCGGCAGUUCGGCCGAUAGGAAUACGAAAGUCGACAUGAUCCGAACCUGCAUUUUUCUCGCUCUCGCCGGCCCUGCGCUGUCCGGUUACAUCGGCCGCGGUUUUGGCCUCGGCUACGGCAUCAGCCAUUUCGGCGUCCAGCAUGGGAUCGGCUACUCCGGCCUGACAGGCUUCGCCCACAGCAUCGGCUACGCCCCAGUGGUAGCGUCAGGCUACACGCUCGUUCCGACGUACACGGCUGCUGUUCCUGUGCCCGCCUACCCCGCUGCUCAUGUAGUGGCUGGGCCGCCGACCGUCACCCACGUUGCGGCGCUUCACGCGGCUCCAGCUGCCGUUGCCACCGUGGCCGCUGCCCCAGUCGUAGCCGCCGCUCCGGCGGCAGUGACCAAGGUGACUGCGACAUUCCACGCAGUACCACACGUGGCAGCUGUGGCUGCUCCAGCGUCCGUGGUUGCGGCCGCUGCUCCUUUAGCAGCCACCACCGUCCACCACGCUGUCCCUACCGUCACCACCGUCGCACAUGCAGCGCCAACUUACGGCUAUGGUAUCGCUGGCCUCGGCUAUGGUGCUGGAAACUUCGGCUACGGUCACGGACUCGGUGUGUACGGCCUCAACUACGGCUACGGUCUUGGCACAAACCUGGACUACAACGCACUCGUCAGGAGGAAGAAGUAAAUGGAGCUACCUUUUGUACAUACCGUCGUCUUGCUGAAGACCCACGAGCUGACAUCAUUCUUUUUAUCGAUGUGGUAUCAAUGCCAGUCGUCGAUGAAAUAAAUGGAUUUUGUUCAUAUGGUUC